AUGCCCUUCCAUGGUAGGUGUAGGGCUCGUGAUUUCAAACUACGUGCGUACCCGAUUAUCACUCUACAAGUAAUUUACGGUUUGUGCUAUACUGUAGAGUCCAUGCGACACACCAGUAGUCAAUCCCUCCCUCCCACGGUCGGUGAUCACUGUAGGUAUUGCGUCGAGGGGCACGCCCAGCAUAUCGAAAUCACCCAGGAUUGGUCAGGGAGAGUCUACUGCCUCCGGGAGCGGGCAGAGUUGGGAAAACAUCUCCAGGUCGAGGUCCUUUGGGUUGAUCAAUUGGGUGAAAGGAGAAUAACAAAUUCCGUUACAUAAAUUCACACAAAUGAGAAAGAACCCUGUAACUAUCAGGGAAGGUAAAAUUAAAGCCU